UUCAACAGUUGUUUUCAGAUAUUACUUACUUGUUAUUUCCCGUUUGUAAAGUAAUUUUCUCAUAAUAAUGCCACCUUCUCCAAGCUCUACAUCUGUAGGAUCAGGUGGCCGAUCGCCAAGCAAAGCAACAUCGGCUCCGAGAUCGGCAAGUGGAAGCACAGUACGACAACGCAAAACUACAUCAACCACCACUGCGGCAAGAAAUCGAAGCACUGGCGCUGGCUCUGGUGGCAUGUGGCGUUUUUACACUGAUGAUUCCCCUGGUGUAAAAGUAGGUCCAGUACCAGUACUAGUGAUGUCCCUACUCUUCAUUGCAUCAGUGUUCAUGCUUCACAUCUGGGGGAAAUACACCAGAGCAUAACUUAAGUAACUACCAAUUAGUAGCAGUUAAGUUACAUUGAUUAUAAUGAUUAUUAUCAGUUAAGUUACAUGAUUGUCGAAUGUAUGCAAUGCUUGAAAAGUAUGAAGUACUUGGGUGUAUAGAAAUUUUAAAUUAUGUAAUAUAAAUAUUCUGAAUUAAAUUAAGCUUAUUUCUAUUA